AUGGAGAAGGUCAAGUGCAAGGUAUGUGUUACAGGAGCCGCUGGAUUCAUCGGCUCUUCACUGACCAAGAAGCUACUGGAGAAAGGGCAUACCGUCCAUGCCACGCUCAGAAAUCUGGGUGAUCUUUCCAAGGUUGAGCUCCUUAAGAGCUUUCCUCAAGCAGACACAAAAUUAGCUUUGUUUGAAGCUGAUAUAAACAAACCAAAUGAGUUUGAGCCAGCCAUCCAUGGCUGUACCUUCGUUUUCCAUGUUGCAACCCCCAUGCAAAACUCUGAUGCUUCUCAGUUUAAGAACACAACUGAGGCUGCAGUUUCUGCAAUAAAAAGUAUCGCAGAGUGUUGUUUAAAAUCAGGUACUGUCAAACGGUUGAUCUACACUGCCUCUGUAUGUGCGGCGUCGCCAUUAAAAAACGAUGGGUUUGGUUACAAGGACUUCAUGGAUGAAACUUGUUGGAGACCACUUAAUCUUUCACUUGCUUACUCGAAUGACUUCUUUAAGGAUUACACUUCAUCAAAGACGUUGUCGGAGAAGGAAGUUUUGAGGUACGGGAGCAGUGAAAAAGAUGGUGGAAUGGAGGUGGUAACCCUAGCUUGUGGCAUUGUUGGAGGAGAUGCUGCUUUAUCAUAUACACCUGGAAGUGUGGCUGCUUUCAUUUCACAGCUUACAAAUGAUGCGUUUUCGUAUCAGGCUCUGAAAUAUACGGAAGAACUACUGGGGAAACUUCCGAUUGUACACAUUAACGAUGUCUGCCAUGCUCUGGUUUUCUGCAUGCUAAAUCCUUCCAUCGGCGGUAGAUUCUUGACAGCAAGCUCGUUUGUUUCGGCAGCAGAGCUUGCUGAUUGCUAUCGAUUGCAUUACCCUGAGUUUAAUGUUAAAGAAGAGAACUUGGAUGGAUCCAAAAGUGAUGUCAAGUGGGGUUCUACCAAGCUUAUCGAAAAGGGUUUUGAAUAUAAAUGUCAUUUAAAGAUGAUAAUGGAGGAUUCUAUCAAGUGCGCUAGGAGGAAUGGUCUACGAUCGGCGAAUUAGUAACUGAAGUUGGUGCAGAGAUUAUCCCCGUCAGAUCGGAUUCCGAAGUCUGCACAUUUUGGCCUAAACGAAAGCUGCCCUUAUGGAAUGGUUGAUACUGAAAAAUAGUUC